GCUCUAUCUGUUCUGUUUGGUCUGUCGGGAAAAUAACAUUAACUGACCAGAAAAUUCCCAACACCUCAAUACCAUCAGCUCGGCUUUAGGGUUCCUUCCAUCAUCUCUUCCCCUCUUUCUCUUUCUGCGCGAUCAUAAGUCCAUUCGGAUCCAAAGGGACACAAAGAGGGGAGAGGAUGUCAAGUGGGAGAAGCACCCAUUGGUGUUACCAGUGCAGGCGACCGAUAAGGUUGCGGGCACGGGACACAGUUUGCCCCAGCUGUAAUGGAGGGUUUAUUCAGGAACUUGAUGACAUGGCACACAACCCAUUCGAUUUCUUCGGAGCUGACCACUCUGCGGAUCGGGGCCAACAGUAUGGAGUCAUGGAAGCAUUCUCGGCUUUGAUGGGGCAGCAAUUGGCUGAAAGAGGUCAUUUCCAUGACUCGAGGGGAAGAUCAGACUUCAUUCCCGAACCCAAUCCCGCCUUUGGUCCUCUGCUGAUAUUUGGAGGUCAAAUCCCUUUUAGAUUAUCAAGAAACGGUGGGUUCGAAGCUCUCUUCAAUGGAGUCCCUGGAGUUGCUGUGACAAGGAGUAAUGGGGGAGAUUACUUCAUCGGUCCGGGACUGGAAGAACUGUUCGAGCAGCUCUCUGUAAAUGAGAGGCGAGGUCCACCCCCGGCGGCAAGGUCCUCAAUCGAAGCGAUGCCCACCGUCAAGAUCUCGCAGAGGCAUCUCCGAUCCGAUUCACACUGUGCUGUGUGCAAGGAGAAGUUCGAGCUCGGUUCAGAAGCGAGACAAAUGCCCUGCAACCACUUCUACCAUUCAGAUUGUAUCAUCCCGUGGCUGGAACAGCACAACUCGUGCCCGGUCUGUCGCCAGGAAUUGCCAGAGAAUGGGGCGGGAAGUGGCCGCACCAGUUCGAAUUCGAGCAGGAGGGAGGGCCAGGGAAGGAGGAACCCAUUAUCGUACCUUUGGCCGUUUCGAUCAUCCAGUUCUAGUUCGCAGAGCAGCGGGACCAACAGGAGCAACUCGACGCCUGUGAGGGAAAGUAACCAUCAGACUGUGCAGGAAAGUAACCAUCAGACAGGUUAUUCGGGGUGGCCUUUCGAUUGAUUCGACGUGUGUUGUAUUGCGAAUGCGAUCUCACUUCCAUUCCCUGAGCAAGCUAUUUAGGACGAUUCGAUGGGGUGGAUGUGUUUUGAUGUAUCGGUGUCCAUUGUUCAAAAAGCGUGUUGGGUGGUUGCAUGUUGAGCUAGCAAGGUCUUGUCUUCUACUACUUGCCCUGCUGUAAAUGACUCUUUCCUCCUCCUGUAUCGAGGCUUCUGUUUAUAACACUUGCAAAAUAAAGGGUUUUUCACCAUCAUU